AUGGUACAACAACAACAACAACAACAACAAAUAAAAAAAAAUCAAGUUAAACCACCACUUUAUUCAAAUUUAAUAGCAGGAGCAAUUGCAGGAGUUAUUGGUAGUUCAGUUGUAUUUCCACUUGAUUUUGUAAAGACAAGAUUACAACAACAAAGGGUAUCAAUCGAUGGUAGUAAACAAUAUAAUGGUAUAAUUGAUUGUUUUAAAAAGGUGAUUAAAAAUGAAGGUGGUGUUAGAGGAUUAUAUAGAGGUCUAAGUAGUAAUUUAAUUGGUAUUAUACCAGAGAAAGCAUUAAAGUUAGCAAUGAAUGAUUAUUUUAGAACACGUUUUCAAGGUGACAGAUCAUAUAUUAAACUAUGGGAAGAGGUUGCAUCAGGUGGUCUCGCAGGUAUGUGUCAAGUGGUAGCAACCAAUCCAAUGGAAUUGGUGAAGAUAAGAAUGCAAGUGUCAGGUCUAAGUGGCAAGAAAGCAUCAUUAAAAGAAGUAGUUAGUGAAUUGGGUAUUAAAGGAUUAUACAAAGGUACUGCAUCAACCUUAUUAAGAGACGUACCAUUCAGUAUGAUCUAUUUCUCAAUCUAUGGUAGAAUGAAACAUAAUCUCACCGAUCAAGAAACUGGUGAAAUUGGGUUACCAAAAAUACUCUUAUGUGGUAUUACAGCUGGUUCAAUAGCUGCUUCAGUCAGUACACCAUUCGAUGUAAUUAAAACUAGAAUUCAAGUAAAACCUGGUCCAAAUGAUCCACACUAUAAAGGUAUAGCUGAUUGUUUCCGUAAAACUAUACAAUCUGAAGGUCCAAAAGCUCUCUUUAAAGGUGUUUUACCAAGAGUUUGUAUCAUUUCACCAUUGUUUGGUAUAACUUUAGUAGUUUAUGAAAUUCAAAAAUCAUUUUAUGCUUCAACUCAUUAA